AUGUCGAGCACCGGAAGCGAAGACAAUGUUGCGCCAACACUCCAAGACACCAUCGCCAGCUUGACGCCGCGGCCCAUAACCGUCGCAGUCAACCCAGUCGCGCUCGUAGUCACAGAAUGCAUUACCGUCACGUCGGCUAUGCGGAAACAUGCCCGCUGGGCGCAUUCUUCUGUAGCAGCCAUCUUGGGCAGCUCCUCCAACAAGACGCCUGCCGUGCAACGGCGCGACCGGGCAGGGCAAGGCAUCAUAAGCGCAGGCGAGCAAGAGGAGGUGGUGCCGAGCAGAUGGGGACUGCGAGGGAAAAAGGGCAAAAGCCUGCAGGACAAUCCGCUCAUGUCUGCAUUUGCGCGCCUGAGAAGUGAUCUAAAGGGCUGCAAGAACAUCCGCACCUUUGACACCCCCUCGAUGCUCCACCCCUUCUUACAGGUCAUUCGUUCCUCUUCGACCUCUGCGCCCAUCACAUCGCUCGCCCUCAUUGCCAUAACAAAGUUCCUGUCGUACGGCAUCAUCAGCCAUGACUCUCCACGCCUCGCAGAAGCUAUGCAGCAGCUCUCGUCCGCUAUCACACACUGUCGCUUCGAGGCAAGCGACUCCGCAGCUGACGAGAUUGUCCUAUUGCGUAUUCUGCGGCUCAUGGAAGUCAUGAUCUCAGGUCCUGGGGGUGAAGUGCUGGGUGAUGAGAGUGUCUGUGAAAUGAUGGAGACGGGCCUGAGCAUGUGUUGCCAGGCAAGACUAUCCGAGCUACUGCGCCGGUCUGCUGAAAUUGCCAUGGUGUCCAUGUGCCAGGUCAUAUUCCGCCGACUGAAGACACUCGAGAUUGAAUCGCCAGAGGAGCUGGACGCGCUAGACGAAGAAUUGGAUCGCGAAAAUGACCAGGACGGCCCCAAGAUGGAUCCCACUACCAAUGGGGAAGGCGAUUAUGCGCAGCACAAGGUCGAGGCCCCUCAGCAGUCGAGCAGUUCGGAGAAGGGCCCAGAUGACAACGAUAGCAUGGCGAAUCCUGCUAGUAGCACAGUAGACCUUCCUGCAACAGCCGCGGAUGGCGAACCGCAAGCCGCUGUCGAGAUCAGGCCGUACUCGCUACCUUCAAUACGAGAGCUCUUCCGAGUACUGGUCGAACUGCUGGAUCCCCACGAUCGUCAACACACUGACACGAUGCGUGUGAUGGCGCUGCGUAUCGUGGACGUAGCGCUCGAGGUUGCAGGACCAUCGAUAGCAAGCCACCCAAGUUUAGCAAAUCUGGCCAAAGACACGCUUUGUCGUCACAUCUUUCAGCUGGUUAGGUCGGACAACAUGGCUGUCUUGAACGAGUCACUGCGUGUGGCUGGCACAUUGCUUGCGACAUGCAGAAAUGUCCUCAAGCUCCAACAGGAGCUAUAUUUGUCAUACCUGGUCGCAUGUCUCUUCCCACGGGUCGAAAUACCCAUGGAGCCUGGCAUCGAGCCUUCUCUGUAUGAGGGUGUCCCGCAAGCCCCAAGUCUUAUCAAGCAACCCCCUCAACAGGAUAGCAGCAGUGGUCGCUCGACGCCAGUUCCAGUCAAGGACCGGCAAAAGCUUGGGCUCGAGGGUGGGGCUAGGAAGCCAGAUGCUCGCGAAGCCAUGAUCGAAAAUCUAGGUGGCUUAGUACGGAUACCAUCUUUCAUGGCUGAGCUCUUCGUCAACUACGAUUGUGAAAUCGAUCGUGGUGAUGUCUGCAUGGAUAUUGUUGGGCUUCUUUCGAGAAAUGCCUUCCCUGACUCCGCCACAUGGAGUACAGUCAACGUUCCGCCGCUAUGCUUGGAUGCUCUACUCGGCUUUGUUCAAUCUAUAGCGGACCGCUUGGAUGAAGAGCCCGUCACUGAGGGCUUUCCAACUGCUGACUCGCUUCGUGAGCAGCGGGCGCGGAAAAAGAUCAUUAUCAAAGGCGCUACUAAGUUUAACGAGAAGCCCAAGGCUGGGAUUGCCUUUCUAGCUUCGCAAGGGAUCAUCAAGGACUCUGAAGACCCAAAAUGCAUAGCUGAGUUCGUCAAGGGCACUACCAGAGUUGACAAGAAGGUCUUGGGAGAGUUUCUCUCGAAGAAGGGUAAUGAGGCGAUUCUCAGCGCGUUCAUCAACCUGUUCGACUUCAAAGGGCUCCGACUCGAUGAAGCAUUGAGACAACUUUUACACGCCUUCCGACUCCCGGGUGAAUCAGCUUUAAUCGAGCGAAUCGUUACGGACUUUGCCGAGCAGUAUCUGGAGAAGGCGCAGCCUGAAGGUAUUACCAGCAAAGAUGCCAUCUUCGUGCUCACAUACGCGAUCAUCAUGUUGAAUACCGACCAGCACAACCCCAACUUGAAGGGCAACAAGCGUAUGGCAUAUGAGGACUUUGCAAGGAACCUGCGUGGCGUCAACGACGGCAAGGACUUUGACCCUGAUUAUCUUCAUGCCAUGUACGAUUCCAUUAAGACGCGGGAGAUCAUUCUACCCGAAGAGCACAGUGAUCGAAAUGCGUAUGAACAUGCCUGGAAAGAGCUACUGGUCAAGUGUCAGACAACUCCGGACCUCAUCAUUUGCGACACCAAUAUCUACGACGCAGACAUGUUUGCCGCAACAUGGAAGCCAAUCGUGGCGACACUGUCGUAUGUAUUCAUGUCUGCCACAGACGAUGCUGUCUUCUCCCGUGUCGUGCUUGGUUUUGAUCAGUGCGCUCAAAUCGCUGCAAAGUACAACUUGACAGAUGCUUUGGACCGCAUCAUAUCGUGUCUGGCGUACAUUAGUACUUUAGCACCUGAUGUUCCACCAAGCACUUCGCUAAAUACCGAGGUGCAGGCUGAUAAGAAGAGCGUAAUGGUCAGCGAGACAGCUGUACGCUUCGGCCGUGAUGGCAGAGCUCAACUCGCGACGGUCGUUCUAUUCCAAGUUAUCAAAGGUCAUGAGGCUUCGAUACGAGAUGGGUGGAACCACCUCAUUCGCAUUAUGGUCAAUCUUUUUGUAAAUUCGCUUAUACCCCCUUACUUCCUUUCCUUCCAGAAGACGCUCGCUUUACCCCCGAUACCUCUCCAGAAUCCUGCGCAGAUUAUUGAUCGACCAGAACGCCCUGCCGACACUGGCAUUUUCUCGGCCUUGUCAUCAUAUGUAUCGAGCUUCGCCAAUGACGAGCCACCAGAGCCAUCGGACCAGGAGAUUGAGUACACGCUUUGUACUGUAGACACAGUGAAGGAGUGCCACUUUGAAGACAUACUUGCCAACAUCAGUCAACUCCCAGUAGAGGCGCUUCGGUCGCUGCUGACGUCGUUGCUUGCCCACAUACCUGAAGAUGGCUCACCAAGAGUUAUUGUGGUGAAGCCGGAACUUCCAGGCGCGAGUCCUCGAACAGGCGCCCCAAGGCAAAAGGGCAAGGGCCCAAUAUAUGACCCAAGUUUAGUAUUUGUGCUUGAGCUUGCGACUGUCUUGGCCUUGCGAAACGAUGAGACCGUGAGAGAGCUGGCAAAGGACGUCACCGACGCAUUAUCGACGGUCAUUCGAGAUGCUAGUAAGCAUCACUACGUGGUGAUUGCGAGGUCUGUUUACUACCUGCUCAGUCUGCUAAACGCCAGCAAUGACUAUGAUUUCAUCCGGGCUCCUGUCCUCCUCCACACCUUCUCUAGUUUCAGCGAUGCACUGCUACAGGAGUGCGCUCAGCCCAUUCUCAAGGGCUUGACCGAUUGCUGCAAGGGUCCAAAUGCCUUACGAAGCGAAUUGACGGGCUCACCAGACUUCUGGACCAUUCUCAACAGACUUUCCAAUGUACCUGAGGCUGCUGGAGACGUGUUCCAGCUGGUAGAGGAUCUCACAACCUCAUCUCAGCCCGGCAUUACCGCAGACAACUAUGAGGCCGCCAUCGCACUGCUCAACGAAUUCGCAACAGCGGCUCAAGUUGGUGCGCGCGACGAGCAGUUAUACGACCAAGCCGCUAAGCGUGGAAAAGGACCCAAGCCUAAGAAGCCCGAGAGUAAUGAGAUCGUUGUGCGAGGUAGCAAAGCUAUGACAAUCGUCUUUCAGCUUUCCAGCAGAGUACCGCAUUUCAUCGAACAGUCUCAUCUUGAGACAACAGAGGCAUGGACAGCGUACUGGUCACCCAUUCUCAAAACCCUCGCCCACCAGUGUCUUAAUCCGUGCCGCGAAAUUCGCCAGCAAGCCUUCUCUGCUAUGCAGCGCACACUCCUGUCCAAUUCGCUAGCAUCUCCUGACCACGCUGAAUGGACUGCGAUCUUCAGUGAAGUUCUCGUACCACUCAUCACGCAACUCCUCAAGCCAGAAGUCUAUCAGAGCGACCCCCUAGGGAUGAGCGAGACGCGGGUUCGCGCAUCAACGCUGCUGAGCAAGGUCUUCUUGCACUAUCUGGUAUUACUGAGUGGAACGAGUGAGUUGUUGGAUUUGUGGCUAAAGAUCAUCACCAUCAUGGACCGCUUGAUGAAUAGCGGACAGGGUGACAACCUGGAGGAAGCCGUGGUCGAGAACCUCAAAAACAUGCUCCUCGUCCUCUCCAGCGGUGGCUACCUCGCCCCUCCCGACGAAAACCCCCAGCGCGAAGAACUCUGGAAUGAAACCUGGAAGCGGAUUAAUCGCUUCCAGCCCAAUUUACUCCAGGAACUCUUCCCGACCGACGCGACGAAACCAGUCAGGCAGAGGGUGAGCCCUGAUGAGAAGGCUGGCGGGGAAGUAGCUCCCGAAGCCGAUGUUGCGGUGACGCCGCAGUCUGAGGCUGAGGGAGAGAAAGGUGGCGAUGAGGGUGGCGGGGAAGAAAAUGUGCAGGAUACGGUGCAGGAGCAUGUAGAGGAGAAGCAGGAGGCAGGGGAGAAGGAAGGUUAG